AUGUCAGCGCAGCACCGGCGUGACUUUGAGCCGGUCAGCUGGUGGAAGUGUGUGAAGUGUGCGGGUUCAUCCUCUCCGUGUCUUCAAGCUGCCGAAAUGCGGUUACUGACAGCAGCGCUGGCCCUGAGCCGGAGCAACCUAUCCAAACCGGUUAAUGUCGUGGUCAGCAGCUGCAGGGCCUGUUCCUCCGGGAUCACCCCGAACGAGCGGAUCCGCAACAUCGGGAUCUCCGCGCACAUCGACUCGGGGAAAACCACGCUGACCGAGCGGGUCCUCUACUACACCGGCCGCAUCGCCGAGAUGCACGAGGUCAGGGGUAAGGAUGGAGUCGGGGCCGUCAUGGACUCUAUGGAGCUGGAGAGACAGAGAGGAAUCACCAUCCAGUCAGCUGCUACGUUCACCAUGUGGAAAGACCACAACAUCAACAUCAUAGACACACCAGGUCACGUGGACUUCACCAUUGAGGUGGAGAGGUCUCUGCGGGUGCUGGAUGGAGCUGUGCUGGUGCUGUGUGCUGUAGGAGGGGUGCAGUGUCAGACCAUGACUGUGAACAGACAGAUGAAGCGCUACAAUGUGCCUUUCCUCACCUUCAUCAACAAGCUGGACCGCGCUGGAGCUAACCCCUACAGAGCAGUGCAGCAGCUCAGGACGAAACUGAAUCAUAAUUCAGCAUUUGUGAACAUCCCCAUCGGACUGGAGGGAAACCUGCAGGGCAUCAUUGACCUCAUUGAGGAACGCAGUAUCUAUUUUGAAGGUCCUUGUGGUCAGAGCAUUCGCUAUGAUGAAAUCCCGGCAGAGAUGCGAGCGGAGGCGGCCGAGCGCAGGCAGGAGCUGGUGGAGUGUGUGGCCAAUGCUGAUGAAACACUGGGGGAGAUAUUUCUGGAAGAGAGGGUGCCCACUGUGGAUGACCUGAAGGCUGCUGUACGCAGAACGACCAUCCAGCGCUCCUUCUCUCCAGUGCUGGUUGGCAGUGCUCUGAAAAAUAAAGGUGUUCAGCCUCUGCUGGACGCUGUGCUGGACUACCUGCCCAACCCUACUGAGGUCAACAACUACGCCCUCCUCAAUGAAGAGGAGUCAAGUGACAGCACUAAGAUUCUGAUGGAUCCAACAAGAGAUGACUCAAAGCCGUACGUGGGGUUGGCCUUUAAAUUAGAGGCUGGACGCUUUGGUCAGCUGACCUACGUAAGGGUGUACCAGGGCUGCUUGAAGAAAGGGGAGUACAUUUACAACACACGCACUGGCAAGAAGGUGCGUGUCCAGAGGCUGGUGCGCCUCCACGCAGACCAGAUGGAGGAUGUGGAAGAGGUAUAUGCAGGAGAUAUCUGUGCCCUGUUUGGAAUCGACUGUGCCAGCGGAGACACCUUCACAGCUCGUACAAGCUCCAACCUCUCCAUGGAGUCUAUCCAUGUUCCUGAACCAGUCAUCUCCAUGGCUAUGAAACCAGCCAAUAAGAUCGACACAGAUAAGUUCUCUAAAGGAAUCGCCCGCUUCACAAGAGAGGACCCCACUUUCAGAGUGCACUACGACAAUGAGAGCAAGGAGACGGUUAUCUCAGGCAUGGGGGAGCUACAUCUGGAGAUUUACUCACAGAGGAUGGAACGGGAGUAUAACUGCCCUUGUGUUAUGGGGAAACCUAAAGUGGCCUUCAGGGAGACUGUGACUGCCCCUGUUCCAUUUGAUUUCACCCACAAGAAGCAGUCUGGGGGAUCGGGGCAAUAUGGUAAAGUAAUAGGAGUCCUGGAACCCCUGGACCCUGAGCAAUACACCAAGGUUGAGUUUGAAGACCGAACAGUAGGCACCAACGUGCCCAAACAGUUUGUGCCAGCUGUGGAGAAGGGUUUCACUGAUGCCUGUGAGAAGGGACCUCUAACGGGUCAUAAGAUAUCUGGUGUGCGCUUCGUACUGGAGGAUGGAGCAAAUCACAUGGUGGACUCCAACGAAAUCUCCUUCAUCCGAGCAGGAGAGGGCGCUAUGAAACAAGCUAUGGAGAAUGCUAAUGCAGUCAUUCUGGAGCCAAUCAUGUCAGUGGAAAUUGUGGCUCCUGAAGAAUUCCAGGGGAUGAUCAUUGCGGGAGUGAACCGCCGGCACGGUGUCAUCACAGGGCAGGAUGGGGCGGAGGGAUACUUCACACUGUAUGCUGAUAUUCCUCUUAACAACAUGUUUGGGUAUUCAACAGAGCUGCGCUCCUGCACUGAGGGGAAAGGAGAGUACACCAUGGACUACAGCAGAUAUCAGCCCUGCCUGCCCUCUGUCCAAGAGGAGCUUAUUAAUAAAUACCUGGAGGCAACAGGCCAGCUGCCUGCAAAGAAGAGCAAAUGGAAGAACUGAGCAACAUGUAUACAUAAACACACACACACACAUUCAACCCUCAUCUGUCAGAAAUUGGUCAUUAAAAUAAUUUAUGUAUAUUUUUAAGCUCUCACUGCUGAGUGGAGCUCAAAGGACAGCUUUGGGCGUGUACAGUGGUGGUUUUGUACUAUGUACAGCAUAAAUGUUGUGUCUAAAUGAUAAAAUGUCUAUUAAUCUUG